GACAGCCAUUCUUGUAUUGGCGGAAGUAACAAACAUGGCGGAGGUAAGGCCUUUCUCCUGGCUUUUACUAUUUGUUGCGUUCAGCGCUCUUACUAUACGAGAUGUAUACAGAGGCCGGACCCCUCCAGCCAGCAUCCAGACUACUUCAGGAAGUGUAGUAACGUCGGGGAGACCCGGACUGCGUUUUCUGUACUGUGUGUCCUGAGGUCAUCGACGAGUGUAUGAGGAGCUUGCACGCAGCAUUCAGCAGUUGUAUCCUGAACUGGAGAUCCAUGGAGAAAACUACAUGCCCUCUGCAUUAUAUAGGCAUACUGCAUCAAUCCUUGCUGUGCUGAAGCUUCUCCUCAUCUUUUGUGUUAUUGUUGGUUGUGACCCAUUUAAUGCAUUGGGUGUCCCAACACCGGCCAGCUGGAUUUGGGCUCAAAAUAACAAGGUUUUUUCCUGUCUAAUGAUUUUCUUUGUAUCCAAUAUGUUGGAGAAUUUCUGUUUAUCAACUGGAGCUUUUGAGAUUCUGUACAAUGACACUCGCAUAUGGUCUAAGUUGAAGACUGGAUAUGUCCCAGGUAUACAGGAGUUGCUGCAGAUUCUGAGUUCUCAUGUGAAGUCAAAUUUAGCUGGGGAGAAGGAUUCACACUCAUCUUGGAGAGACUAAAAAGCGAGCAGUGUGGAAUUGUUGCUGUGACCCUCCUCCUCCUUUCUCAGCCUCCACUCUGGAUUUAUGAAGGGUUGCAUUGAAAACUCCUGGAGUAAAUGCUACUCUGAGAUUUUCUAGAGGGGGGGAAAGAGAAAGCAAGAGGGGCGAGUCUGUUUAAAAUGAUGGACAUUUUAAAAUGUAAUAAAUUGACAACUUCUGAACAAUAA